AUGGAUUUGAAUUUUGAACCGCCUUUGAUUCCGAAUAUCGCCCAUGGAUUUACGGGUAGGGCCCGCAUCUUGAACCAGUUGCUUUUCAACAUUUCCAAUCAAAUUCUAACACUUGUCAUAACAAAUGGGCUUUACUGGUAUACAGUAGGUCGUGUAGUACUUGAUUGCUCCAAGUCAAAGCUUUCCCUUUUAAAGUCUAUAAACUCCAGUGCCUCUUUACCCCUUCCGCCACCCAACACUCUUCCUCUGAGCUUCUCCUUCCUCUCCACUUUUACCUCUUUGCACAUCGCAAAUCAGCAGCGAGGGUCGCCUAAAUCAAUAGCAGUCAUGUCGGCUUAUUAUUAUUCUGGGUGCCCAGAUUACUACGAGGCCCGCUAUCCGGAUGCCUGCUCUCUUUGUCGCAAAUCGCUUCAUAAUUCCGAUAUUUUCAUGUACAGAGGGAAUACACCGUUUUGCAGCACAGAGUGUAGGCAAGAACAAAUGGAGAUUGAUGAGAAGAAAUGGAAAUCUGGUAGAUCUCUUAGAAAUUCAGAUGCCAAAAGCUCUGCUCCAAACAAAACUGUACGGACGAGCGCAGUUGCCGUCGCCUGAUCACAUCUUGCUUUUCUAGCGGAGUGAUAUAUCAAAUUUGAAAACAAUAAAAAAAAAAAAAGGAAAAACAAGAGAGAGAAAAGGGUUUGAUGAUUGAGACGUGGAUGUUUAUAAGGAGGGAACAUCGGAUUGUGCAGUUUUCAUUAAUGAAAAAUGUAAUCCUGAAAUUUUGAGGCAAUGAAGUUUCAAAGAAAGUUCUGUUUGUGUGUC